AUGUCGACAAAGGCGAAAAUGACCCUGGGCAUCACCUCCUUCAUUACCAUCGCCACCGUCUACGGAGUCCACUACCAGCAAAUGUCCGAGAAGGAGACGAUGCGUUUGGGAAUCGCAAAGGACGAGGAACGUGUGGCAAAGAAGAAGAGACAGGACGAUAAUGUGCUCGAGCUCGCCGUCCAGCAGGAGUUGCAGCGCAAGUUGUUGGAGGAACAGACCGUGCGGAAAGAAGAUUAA